GAAAGAGGGAUGUAAUAUACAUGCAAAUAUUACGGCAGCAUUCUCAUCUCAUAGAGGAAACCAUCUGUGUGCAGUAUACAAGAAAAGAAUGACAUUUAUGCUGCUAAGAAGGAAGUUACACUCAUGGAUACUGUAUGGCACCAUAAGAUACAUUAACCACAACAUUCGCAAGAGCAAAACAGGACACUGAACUGUAAGCAAGAAGAAAGGGUGUGCUUCACACUGGAGUACACAGAGCUUCCAAAAGCAUUCUUUAAGAAUGCAAGGUCUUUUGGAGCAUGGGUCAAAAACCACAGAUUGGUGUGACUUAUCAAGGAUAUCAUUUGUAUCUGAAAGCGAUCCGUUCCUAACAAAGGGUUAUUGACACUGCACUGCCUUAAAUGUCUUAAGUCAUGCAUGCAGACUAUAUGAAAAAGGGUCUUGAGGCUACAUUAAAUGACCCUAAAAAGAGAUACCCAGAUAAAGUUAAUGCACUGCUAUCAGCAUGGGAGCAUGUAACUGCAUUCAUAGCGACAUCAGCUCAUGAGGCUUCAGAAACUUUGAUUGAUUGGGUUCACCGGCAUACACUGUACCUAGUAUUACAAGGAGAAUGGCCAAAGUUGUCACCGGCAACUAAAACACAUUUAAGUGUUACUCUGCAACGUUGUGCCAGCCUGCUUUCAAACCACAAUGCAGCUCCUAGAUGUAGGACACUGAUUGGGCUAGUUAAUGAUCCCUGGGGUCAUCCUAUUCUACAUCGGAUAUUGAAUGGUGCAUCGGAUGUCGAUGAUUCUGAAGUUUUAGAAUUGUGUCAGACUGAGAAAGGAAUUCUUCUUUCAAUGAGACUGGAAAUGUUGUGUGAGUCAAAAUGUGAAGACUUAGCCCUGAAGUUAGCAGAAGCAAUCCACAGAUGUCUUCGGUCAAGGGAUUCUUGCUUUCUGGAGGAAAGUUCAGAUGAGCAGUUCUUUUAUACCAUAGACAUGUACAUUGCACUCCUCUACAAAUUCAAGAGGAUACAUGACAUUAUCAAAGAGCUGAAACACUUUAACUUGAAAGAUGGACUGCUUUUGGUGAGGAGAUAUGCCUUAAAGGAUGGUAAACGUGCCCGUGUAUGGAAAUACAGUGCGAAGGUUGCGGAGCUUGCUGCACAGUACUUCUUGACGGUGGCCAUGGUGAAGCCAGUCAGUGAGACAGGAACGCUGCUGCAGGAUCUCAUGACUGAAUGGGCUCUUCUACACAGUGAUUUGCCUUCUGUGUCACAGACUUUGCCAAACAUGAUUCGUAAAUUGAUUCAACCAGCUGAGAGUGCUGUGCAUAUUUACCUAUUCUGCCAAGUGCUUGUGAAUCAGUUUGGAGAUGCACUGAAAUCUCUCUGCAUUGAAUUGUAUAUUAAGGGACUUACAACUGACAUGAAUGAGUUGGAACAGCAGAAGAUGAAAAAUGACAAAGAGAAAGUUCGGGAGGCAGAAGUGAGAUUAUCUGAUGGUUUCUUGAAGCUUGCUGACUUGGUUAAAGACAAUGUGGGGGUGUGCCGUGAGUGUGUCCUAACUGCAUUUUCCUUAAAUCCAACUCGAGUUUGUUAUGAACGUAUCAAAGAAAUGGCUGUUGCAAGUGGGAAGUGUCUUUGUCUUCCUGCUGAAGUGACUGCUGUAGAUGUAGGAGAUAAGAGGAGUGUUAGUGAGAGCAAAUUACAAAAUACAGGGACAGAGGAUAUGGACUUAAGUUUUCACUGCAUUGAUGGGGAAAAUCAGAACAGUCAUGUUGAGGUAGACACUGGCCAAGGGAUGGCCAUGAGGUUUGACCAUUCAAAUGAAGUUUUGUCAUCUCAUAGUUCCGAAGAUGAACAAAAUAUUUCGGACUUCCAUCUACAAAGGAAUAGAUGUAACCUCCAUCCUCCAUUUGACCCUAGUACUGGUGGUGCUCUUGGUGAACUUUGUCCUGAAUGUGGUGAAUUCACUGGAAUAGAAUCUUCUUCUGUGGACCCAUCUGGUGUAGAGAAGAAAGAACGUACACUUGAUGCAUUGAUCUUAAUCAAAGGAAAUACUGUGACAGAAUCUUUGAAUUAUGAUGUGCUGUCUGCCCCGAACCAAGUGCUGGAUGCAGAGACACUAGGAUUGACUCCACAGCUUUGUGAUGAUUUGGCGGUUGUACUUAGUAGUCCUCGUUAUCAGAUGCUUAGUUGGGUUUUAGACUGGGCGGAACUUAGUAUAAUGUGUGAGAAAUAUUUGGAGAACUGUGAGGAAAUGAGAAAUACUACCAAGGAGUUGAAAUUCUUGAAUAUUGAUUACAAUCAGUUUAAGGAUUGGCCAAGUGGUGAAGAUGAAAAGGAUGAGUAUUAUGGCAUUGAGAAAGGAUAUGAACAGUGGGCUGACCUUAGCAGUGAUACAUCGGAAGGUUAUUUUAACCGUUCAUACAAAAGACGUGCAAGGCGCAUGCAAGCGGAUUCUGACUCUGAUUCUUCUCUUGCACCCAGAUCUCGUACCAGAGGAAGGAAAGUGCACAGGUUGGAUUCUUCAGAUUCUGACUAUGACUCCAGUCAAAGGAAAGAAAAGAUUAAGCAUAAGAACUAUAGGCCACCAUCUCUGUCAGUAUCUGAUUCAGAUACUGGUACACAAGAUAGUGUGACUGAUGAUAGUCUUGGAAGUGAUGGCUUCAGAGUUGACAAGCCAAGAAAGGAGAAGAUUGGGAGAAAGGAAAAGACAUCAUCUGGUAAAAGAGUUGACCGGAAACAAUUGAAUGACAUCUCUCAUUUCCGAGUUAUGAUGAAUGAUGACCUAAACCAUGGUGACUUGACAAGUGAUCUGUCUAAUAGUGAUGUAAUGAAUAUAUUUGCACAGAUUGGUGAUAAUGGCAAAGAAGUUUCAAAUACACAGUUCCCUUCAGUACCUUCCAUCAACAAUAUUACGAAUCCAGAUAAACAUUCAAGUGAUCCUUCUGUUCUGAAGACAUUAAGAAUGUUCAGACCUCACAAUACAAAGAACAGUGCUCGAGAUCACUUAUCACAAAUUUUGCACAGCAGAAAUAAGGAAAGUCCAUCUGCAAGAGAAGGGCAUGGUGUAACAUAUGCUAAGUUUGCACCCAUGCUAAGUACUUUGAAUUUAAACCCACGUAUAGUUCUAACCAGGGCAGAUGUUUCACAUCAGGAUCUCAAAUCGAGCAGGGUGUUAGCUGAAGCAAAUAAUAGACCAGGAAAUCCUCUUUCCCAAAUUACUCCAGGUAUCCUGUCCAGAAAACCCAGCCAGAGUAAAAAUAUCCCUUAUGACGUUGAUGGAAAAAAUCGGAUUCCCUUAUCCCAUUCAUUGGUUGGAGAUGUGAAUAGACAUGAAUAUAUGAAAAGUGAUCUUUUAGUGAAGGCUGUUCCAGGAUUGAAUUCAUUGGACAUGAUUGUACCACCACCUUCAGAAGCCACAGUACAGGUUGUACAGUUGCCUAGAAAUCCACCAUCCACAAGUGACAACAGUCAGGGAAAUUCCUGCCACCCUCCGAAAGCAGCACAUUCACAAAAUGCUCACUCUUCAGGAAACUCUUCAGGUGGGACCUCAGGUCAAGAUCUGGAGUUGGGUCCAAAUGUGAGUAGCAUAUCUACCCAUUCUCAGCCUUCACAGUCAAGUACAACCACACCCAUUCAGAAUCCUCAAGGUCAGAUAGCUAUUUCAGCAGCAUCAGUACAAAGCCCUAGCAUAUCUAUGCUAGGGCAGGCAAAAUCAAAAUCAAACCAGCAGUCAGAAGUAAAGUACUUGACUACAACCAGUGAAGUGAAUGAGAUUCUGAGAAGUACACUUGGAGAAGGCAGUGUUCAGGUCCAGACAGGUUCACAGGUUCUAACAUGUACAAGUCUGGCUAAACAGAAGCAGAGUUUAAGACAAGAAGUAAAAUAUCUGACAUCACCCAGUGAAGUUACAGAGAUUCUCAGGAAUACUCUUAGUGAGGGAGGCCAGCAAGUUCCAGCAGCAUCAUCUGCUUCACUACAGCACACUUCAUCAGCUUUAGAGUUUGUUUCACAGGAUAAAACAAAGUUGAAUUCACUAUCAGAUAUUAGAUAUCUGACUUCAACCAGUGAAGUGAAUGAGAUUCUGCGAAACACUCCAGUUGUUCAAAAGCCAGUGACAUUAGAGACAAAUACUUGUUCAGGUCCCUCAUUACUUAAUCCUGCUCACCACACUAAUCAUUCUCAUCAUGUUAAUUCUGUAAGUCCAUUUCCAGUUGUAAAAGGAGUGGACUUAAAUGUAAUAGCAAGUAUUAUAUCUUCCAAGAAUUGUACUAAUUCAAUUCCUACAUUACCAGAUAAUCCUGCUGUGACAUCAGAUUCCCAGAUGCUUCAGUUAGUAUGCAAAAGUCCCAAGUUUCAGAUAAAACCUGUCAUCUGUACACAGGCAGGUCCUAGAAGCAUUCUUGCUGAUCAUGCUGAUGCAUCCACCAGUGCACCAUCAUCUUCAUUAUGCACUGAACACCAGCAGCAGCAGCAGCAGGCACAACUGCAACAGCAAAAUCAACGCCUCAUUCAGCAGCAACAGUCACAGCAACAGCAACAGCAGCAACAACAACAAGUAUCUACCCAUUCCGUAUAUGAAGAGGAUUUUGCAGGAUUUCCUGCAUCUGUGGAUUCACCAAGCAGAGAUAAAAGUGCACCUAACAGAGGACUGAAACAAGGUUCAACUCAGACUGCUACUUUACCCAAGUUCCAACAAGCUUUUGGGAAAACAAUAUACAACAAUCAGGCCAGUACUACUGUAGAUGGAGGAUCCCAGAGCAGUACUGUCAGGAGAAGUGAAGAUGAAGACAAUCCACCACGUAGCACAGUUUCCCAAGAGACUGUAGCACAAGCAUCUGCUGUUCCAAGCACAGUACUUUCCAAAGCUGUUCAGACAACGAAUAUGAGUAACAUAGUCUCUCAUCCUCCUGUAACAGUGGGUCCUCAGAAUGAAUCUUCCAGCACUGCAGAUGUUGCAAUACCUUCUACGCUUCACCUUACUAGCACAGGAUCUGUGUUCAGCAUUUUGCAAGGAUCUCCUAGAAUUGCUGUGUCUGCAGCACUUAGGGCGGGAAUGACUGUGCAAGCUAUACAGACUUCAUCAGGUGUUAUAUACAUGCAUCCUGAUACAACCACUUUAGUCAAAUCUAGUGCUGGAACAGCUCUUGCCAGCACCAUUUCUGCCAGGAGAACUUCAGAUAUCAAAACCUCUCAGUCAUCUGAAAGCGUUCAGCAGGUACAGUUGCCUGAUGGGCUGCCAAGUUCUGUGGCUGUUGCUAUAACUACACCUUCUUCUCCAGUAUUGACCAAAGAUGCAAUGAAGAGGAACAGAAUGCUGGCAACAGCUCUGCAGAGUACUCACCGCUCAAAUACACUGAGUGGCAUGGCAAACCAAGCAACCAGUACUUCACAGUUAAGGGAACCAGAAGUGUGUGUAGUAGAGAGUUCAUCUGACGAAGAGGUGAAUAAUUCAGCAACACAGCAACAGCAAACACUUGUUACAGCAGCUGCUGUACACAGGAUAAUGUCAGUUCAGAAAACUGUUGCUAGACAAGUGGGUCCAACAAUCAGAAAUGUUCGACCAGUGUUGCACAUUCCUGGGGGAGGGAAUCUUAUAGCUCGGUCUUCUGCUACCACUGUUGCCUCGCCAUUGAGGCAGCAGGCUGUUCGGUCAGUCCUGGUGUCUCCCGUGUCUUCUACAUUAAAUUCUAAUGUAAACACAAGGAUAUCUCAGAAUGUGGGAGCAUCAGAGACUUUGAUUAGACAUGGUUCAAUUGAGCCUACAGUGAGCUCAACAACUCUAGAACAGUUAAGGGAAUUUGAAUCUGUUCUUGAACAUGUGACCAACACAUCACAAAUGAAGGAAAGAAGUACAGUCCAACCUCAGCCACAGCAUACUGUACUCACCCAACAGCUGCUACUGACACAGGCAACAUCUUCAACAACAAACACUGGUAUGGAGUUCACAUCUUGUACUAGAAGUCAGUCUACACCCAGUACUUAUUCACAAGAUUUGUUUCCAGUAGCUUCAACAACAGGAGCAACAUCCAGGGUGAACGUAACUUAUGUGACACAAGCUUCAACAAUUCGAACAACAAGCAUUGUUCCUGCAGGUAGUGUUGCAGGAGUUAGUGUAACAGGAAAGAUGUCAUCUCCAGUCGUCGUAGUGACAAGUAACUGUCAGCCUGUAGCUUCACCUGCACUGAGUGUAACUUCACAAAGCUCUUCUAGUCCAUGUGUGACUCCUGCACCAUCUGCUACUUCCACUUCUUCUGGGAAGUCGCCUCCCAAAUCAUCAAAGUCCUCAAAGUCAAAAUCUGUGAAGUCUGGUACAGCAACAACCACUUCAAAAUCGUCACCUGUACCAAAGCCACAGCAGAAGCCCCAAGAAGAUGAGCAAACUGCUCAGAGGAUUUAUGCAAUUUUAGAUGAAUAUGCAGAGCAGCUGCGCAAUUCCCCUGACCUCAACAAUAAACCAGCUCCUCGUCGCCGUUCUAACCCUCCUACAAAUGCAAAUCAGUCUUCUAAAAGAAAGAAAUCUGCACAAACAAAGGUGAAACUUUUAGGGCAGCAGUCUUCCUCAGCAGCCCAAGAAAUGAGUCCUGGAGCAGAUGAUCCUCGAACUAUGGGAAGUGAAGACAGUUCAAGUGGAAUUACUCAGUUGUCCCAUAUUCAGGAUUCUCCCGCCCCAUCUUCGCAGAAUCCAGACGAACCUCUAAGUUUGAGAGCCACUCCAUCCGUGGAAAUGAGCACUGAGACAGGGAAUCUGAGGAGCAUGGUGUCAGAUUCAGGUGAAUUGCAGGAUGUUUCAAAGCAGCAGGAUCAGCAGUCACAAGAACAGAGUUCUCAUUCUCACGAGCAGGAACAAUCUGAUGGGCAGCAGUCACCAGUGACAUUGCACCAGACAACACAGCAUGGACUCAUAUUCACAGACGGGAGUGGCAUCCAGGGGAGGACAGUGAUAGUGCAGGACAGUGUACCCAGUUCUGUGGAUGCAACAGGUGUUGGAAAACCUAUCGUGGCAGGAAACUCUGCCACAGUGCCAACAUUAUUUGCAGGGGUGCGUCAGGUGAUUGUACCUGUGGCUCCAGGCUUAACAGCACGGCCUGUGGUAGUUUCAUCCAAAGGUUCAAAAGUUAUACGUGUUCAUCAAGUGACAGUCCCUGGUGGAUCACUGCAGAUGACACCAGGAAUGAGUACGAUGCAGGGGACUGCAUUGGUAGUGCGACAAAUCAAUAAAUCUGGAAUUGCAGCUCCAGUUUCUGUUCUUGGUCAGCCUGCUACAGUGAAACAGGUGAAAUUGCCUGUAGGUAGUAUAUCUUCACAGGCAUUAUCAGGUGUUACUGCUCAACCCCCAGUAGUAUUACCUCCAGGAAGUCAUCACCUCUCUGGUCAGGUUGGCAGUGUAGUUACUUCGACAAUAGCUCAAGCACUUUCCUUUCCAGAAUCAGGCUUAGAAAAUGUUUUGCAGGAUAGUACAAUAAGAACAGAAUCUUCGAGUAUCAUUAGUUCUGGCGAAACAUUACUUUUGAAUGCUGCUACGACUUCACAGGCAAUUGGUUUGAUUCGAAGGGGAAUACCCACGUCGUUUCAUGAUAGAAUUUCUACACCUGUAGGUGGUAUCAUGUCAACCAGUACAUCAGCCACUGUACCAACAUCAGUUACAGUAGAUAGGUUAACAUAUCCAAGUGUCAGACAAGUUUCUUCGGUUAGUCUUGAGUCAAAUAUUGUUGCCUUGAAUUCAUCAAAUUCUAGCAUCAUCUCAUCAAACUUGAUUGAACAGUUAACCACUAACAACGAAUCUUCCCAGGCAUGUGAUCAUGAGCUACCAGUGGAAACAGUUUCUGAGUGUAGAAUAGAAACUAAUCCUAUGACUCAGUCUCAUGCAACAAGUGUGCAGUGUCUUGGUGUUGACUUUGUGACACAGCAUUCCCUCAGAAAUACAAAUUUCCCUAACAGACUUGUGAAAGAUGCAGGAAAUGAUGUACAACCUAUAGCAAAAUCUGGUACAGAAAAUUGCGCCAUUCCCUCAGAGAGUGCGGAAAGUAGGGGUGAUCAUGUGUCAGUUACCACUUCCUGUGCCAAGCUUGAAUCCAGGAAGUCGGAUGGAAGUUCUGCUGGAAGGAUAGAACCUAGGUUGGAGGUGGAAUCAGUGAAGAUUUCUGAUUCUUUAGAUCAGUGUGGUCCCAAUCAGCAUUCAGAUCCUUUAUGUGCAACUUCUCCGUCUAAGCUUCAUCAGGCAGCAAACUCAGCUGAUCAACAUGAAGAUGCAGCAUUGCAUCAGACUGCAGGAACUAAUACUUUAUGUACAAGUGCUCUGAAUGAGGAGUUAUUUCUGCAAGAUGGAACUGCAGGAUCUUCACAAGAAGUUACCAUGUGCAUGGGGACGAGCAGUCAGGAGGGUACAGUGUUGUCCAGGUCUUCCCAUCUCCACUUACUGGAGAAUGGCCUACAAAAAGCCAAGGAGGGGAACAUGCCUGAUAACUGUGACAGCAGUAGCAGCAGCAGCAGUAGCAGCAGUGGUGGAGGCAGUAGCAGCAGCAGUAGCAGCAACAGCAGCUCCUCUAGUGAUGUGUUAAAUGUGGCAGAAGGCUGCAGCAAUGUGCCUGGCAGUUGCAGACGAGAAAGUGGUCCAGUCUCUCAGGUCUCUGGUAUGGAGAGCACAAGUCAGAUGGUGCCAAAGUCAGGAUGCAGAACGAACACAACACAGACUCAUGAGUUUUCAGCUAGAACAGGGAGUGGAACAGAAGCGGGAGCAUACUAUGUUCCAUCCAAAUCAUCACAUCGUUUGGAGUACAUCAAUGACAUGGCAUAUCGUUCAUCAACAAAGAUGACGUCAGAGAGCCAAGAUUCUCCUUGGCGUUACAUGCCUGUGGUGAAGCGAGUACGGGUAGCCAUUCAACCAGCAGUUGUACAGAAGGAUGAAUCAUACAUGGCCACAGAACAGGUGGGAAGUGCUUUGCAUCUAGCAGACAGGGAUGGUGCUUCUGAGAUUGAGGAUGGUUCACAAGAUAGACGCUCAUUCUUGUCAGAUGUCAAGUUUCUGCCUGUUGGCAGGAAAGCAGGUAUAGCUGCAAACUCUCAUGUUCACCCAAAUACAGUUCACACAUAUCGUAAGCUAGAGAGUGAAGCAGAAGAAAAACGCCGAGUAGAAAAAGUGGAACGUAUAAUAAUGCACCAGAAAAUGGCUAGACUUGAGAGGGAACUGAGGUUGCAGAAAAGCUUGUCAGAAGAAUGUGAAGAUUUGGGUGUGGAUGAACCCAGCACCAGUGAACUGUUCCCAGAAGCUGAUCUUCUGCUCGAUCCAAGUUCAUCACCUAGCUUUGAACAAACAAUACAAGAUGCUCCCUGUGGUCAAACUGUGGAAACUGCAGAACCAUACUCGGGCUCAAACUUCAGACAUGAAUAUUCAUCAAGUAGCCAGGAAGGAUCACAUCAUGAAGACCCUUGUGUGGAUAAUCAGGUCACUGAUGAUUCAGAGAGUAGACGUGAAACCAGGACUUUUGGGUCUAAAAAGUCAUACAGUGAUUGGAAAUAUCGUUCGGCAGGUAAAUUGCGGAGCAAAUGUAACACCCCUGUUAACCUUUUGCGACGUGAGAAGUCGAGUGCUGUGGUAAAUGUGAUGAAAGAUAAUUCACCAGGUCAAAGCUGUCAUCUAAAUAAUGACUCCAAGAACAUAUCACAGUGCAGCUCUUCUGUGGAAGAAUCAUUGAAUGGAAGUUCAAAAUGUGAUGCCAGUGAUGGGGUUGCUACUAGUCUAGUCCUUGGUUCAUCCAGUGAGCACACAGUAGAGCCUGCAUCUGGCAAAUGUAAUAGAAAUGAAAGAUCAUUACCUGGUGACCAGAGGAUUUCAUUGCCUGAGAAAAGUAUUUUAGCAAAAACCCUGAUUAGUGUUACACCAAGAACAGCAUCAGCACACUUAGGCAGUGAAUUAGAAGAGAUGCAGGAUAAAGGUCCCAAGCAGGUACUACCAGGGACUCUAACCAUUCCAUGUGAAUCAAAUGUUGAACCCAAAGUAGACUUACCUGUUACUAGUUCAUCAAGUGAAGACAGUGUAACACUCGAUUCUUUUGCCACUAGCAUGGUAGCUUCCUCAUUGGAUGUAACCAUUCCUUCUCCAGUUCCUGCAGCAUUAUCUUUGAUGCCAUCUGCCCAUCUUCUAGAAACAUCAGAUACAAGAAACCCAUUACCCACACUUACUGCAGCUCAGAAAUUUACUUACACAUAUGCUAAGAAGCUUCCUUCUAGUCGGCAAGAUGUUGGCCGAGUCAUUAAACGAACACGACGACCCAAUCAGUAUUUUAAUGACCAUGUAGAUUCCCAAGAGACUUGGGACUCUUCAAGUUCCCAGGAUAAAAUUGGCGCAGAUGAUGAAGAUUCUGAUGAAAUGAGUCCUUCUUCUCAGAUGUCUUCUCAACUGGAUGAUGGGGCAAAUACUGAUGUGGACGUGGUUGAGGUCAGUAAUGAUGAAUCAUCAUCUUCAGCAGUUGCGUGUGUUCAGUCUUCAGCAUUCCCUUUGCUUCGUACUGUUCUCAACAAAGUUCCAGUUUCAGAUCCUCAGAACAUUGAUGGCACCUUGAAAUUGUCUAGCACAAAUGGCAUGGAUUCAAUCGAUAGGAAAAGUCCAACAAAUUCAGAAAAAAUACUUUCAAGCAAAAAGAAUCGGCCAGACAAGAGAUUUUUCACUGACACUGGAACAGACAGUGAUUUCAUAGGAUCUAAUGCAAAGAGUGCGAGAAUCAGAGAACACAGGUUUGAUCAGAGUGGUUUGUUACACGAUAAGAAGAUUAAGGGCAUCCCUUCUCUCUCCAAAGUAAAUGUGCCAACAAAGGAGUCAACAGUUGCGUCCCCGUCUGUUGACAGUAGUUACAAAAAGCAACAUGGAUUAUGUUCAAAACAGCAGGGAAGGGGAGAUACUUGUGAAGCUACAAGUGUAGAUCCCUCUGAUCUUCAGCUUACACCUGCUUCCAUGACAGAAAUUGAUAUGAUGCCCACCCCAGAUGGGGAAGAUCUUGUUUCUAAGGUAUGUUUGGAAGGUAAAAAUGAGUGUCCCAGUGGAGGAACAUGUGAAACACAUCUGAAACCCACAAGAUCUUCAAGAAGACGUGGUCAUAUCAAGAAAUGCCAGUGUUGCAAUGGAUCGCCAGAACGACCAAAAAAGAAGAAACAUAUUGUGAAGGUUGAAAAACUGAUCAAGAAAGGACAACCUCCUAAGCAGAUUGGCAAAAUGAGUGUUACAAAGAAAAGGUAGUGGUUUUCAGUCGUUGUGUUUAAGUUUUAGAUGCCAGUGCAUAUUUUAGUGCAAACUUAAAUGCACAUAAUGCAGCAAGUGCUGCUUGAAAAUUGCCAAAGUUUUGUGACAGUUUCACAGUGGACAGUUUACUGUAUGAUGAAUUAUAUGGUUUAGUACCUCAGUUAAAAUCUAGUCAAAACAGUCAAUUUCAGCUGAGGUACAGAUUAACUUCACUUUAGUACAAAAAUGUAUAUGUACAUAUAUAUGCGUGUGUAUAUAUACACAUACAUACAUACAUACAUGUAUGUGUGUGCAUAUGCAUACACACAUGUAAACAUAUAAAAUGUAGUAAAACAUUGUGUGGAUCACAGUCCCCUGUAAUAAAAUGAUUCAGUCUUUCAAUAAGCAUUUUAUUGUGUAAAAUAAGGUAUUGAAACUGACUACUAGUCCAGUAAAGUAAAAAUUUUAAGAGUUCUUGUGGUAGUUUAAUAUUCAAAGAACAGUGUCACUUAAAUAGCUUGCUCCUGACC